AUGAAGACCACCAUCGCCAUGCUCACCGCCUCAAUGGCCACUGCCAUCCUCGCCCAUCCCUUCGACACCCGCUCUCAGCAGUGCAACGUCGCACCCUCCGCCACUUCCUCCGCCAAAAUCCAACCCCUUUCCUCCCCAACUGCCUCCACCGCCCAGGCCUGCCAGAAGCUCUGCGCUGCCAACUCCUCCUGCAAGAGCUUCCUCUUCGGCCUGCCCGCCAACGCCAAGGCUCCCACCUGCAAGCUCUACUCCGUCCCUGCAGCCCAGGUCCCCAACCAGGGAAACAACCUGUAUGUCUUUGAUAAGGCCUGCUCCGACAAGGCUGUGCCCAACACCAAGCCUACGCAGGAUAAGCCGCGCGGUGAGGUGAAGACCAAGGCUGCGAGGGAUCUGGUCUGCAACACUGCGCCUACGGGGGCUAGCAACAGCAAGAUUCAGCCUUUUGCUACGCCUAGUGCCAAGACUGCGGAGAAGUGUCAGGAUGCUUGUGAUGCUCAGGCGUCGUGCCAGAGUUUCCUGUUUGGUCUUCCUGCUGAUGCUUCGGAGCCUGUGUGCAAGCUGUACAACGUUGCGCCUUCCAAGAUUCCUCGCCGUGACGACGAGCUUUACGUCUUUGCUAAGGAGUGCCCUGCUGCCAAUGUUCCUACCACUACUCCUACUCAUGAUGAGCCCCGCGGAGAGGCUCCUUCUGAGGAGCAGGCUGAUAACAAGAGCAGCACCAAGACUGAAAAUAAGGACAGUGGCAAGGAUCAGGCUUCUACUGGUGAGAAGGCCAACAACAACGCUGGCAACAACGGAGAGAAGCGCAACUAA